AUGAGGAAGAGACCCCUACAAAAAAAGGUUGUCCCUGCCAAGAAGGUUGUUGCAAAGAAAGAGAGCUCUGACUCGAGCUCUGACUCGUCUUCCGAUGAGGAAGAGACCCCUACAAAAAAGGUUGUCCCUGCCAAGAAGGUUGUUGCCAAGAAGGAGAGCUCUGACUCAUCUUCGGACUCGUCUUCAGAUGAGGAGGAGACUGCUAAGAAAGUGGCGGUGCCAGUGAUGAAGGUUGUUGCAAAGAAGGAGGCAGCCUCGUCCAGUUCAGACUCAGACUCUUCGGAUGAGGAGGAGGCGGAGGAGCCUGCUGCUACAAAGGUGGCGUCUUCCUCAUCUGCUUCAUCUGACUCGGAAUCAUCUUCGAACGAGGAAGAGACCACUAUUGUGUCGAAGAAGCGGAAGAGUUCGGACGCUGGCGAGACGUCCAACAAGGUGCACAAGGAAGAGAACGGAGACGCUGCUGCUGUUGUUAACCCGCAGAAGACUCUCGAGAUCUUUAUUGCCGGUCUGCCGUGGUCCACCACAGAGGAGGAGAUAAAAGACCAUUUUGCCGGUUGCGGUGAGGUGACUGCUGCUCGCAUUCCUUUGCAAAAUGGCCGCUCAUCUGGUACGGCUUUCUUGACGUUCUCAACCCCUGAGGGUGCUGAGGCUGCUCUUGCCAUGGACGGCCAAGACUUUGGUGGCCGCUGGAUGAAAAUUCGCACGGCUGAGAAGAAGAACGUGUUUGACGAGAAGCCAGAGGGAUGCACAAGCAUUUUCAUUGGUAAUCUUAGCUGGGAUAUGGACGAAAAUACUGUUCGCGAGACUUUUGGCGAGUGCGGCGAGAUCUUAAACUGCCGCCUGGCUGUGGAUCGUGAGACUGGCGAAUUCCGUGGCUUUGGACACGUUGACUUUGCAACAACUGAGGCUGUUGACGAGGCUGUGAAGCUUGCUGGUGCUUAUGUGAACGGACGUAGCAUCCGCGUGAACUACGCCAAGUCUCGUGACCCACAGAGUGGCGGUGGAUUUGGUGGACGUGGCGGUGGACGUGGCGGUGGCCGUGGUGGUGGCCGUGGUGGUCGUGGUGGAUUUGAUGGUGGUCGUGGCGGUGGCCGUGGCUUUGGUGGUCGUGGAGGAGGCCGUGGCGGUGGCCGUGGUUUUGGUGGUCGUGGUUUUGGUGGUCGUGGCGGACGUGGAGGUCGUGGUGACGGUCCUCCCAAGCGCCAGCCGUCGUCUAUCCAGAACUUCCAAGGUUCCAAGGUAACUUUCGACUAA